AUGUUGUAGCACUGUACAUACAGAAGUCAGUCAAAUUUGAAAUUGAGAGAGAGAGAGCGAAAUGACGGGUGCUGGUGUUGUUGCUUGACGCCUCAGUUAAAACCACGAGAGGAGUCCAAAAAUUUUACCCAUUUAGUGAUGUAGUUAAUUGUAAGGCACAAUCUGUGGUUUUAUAUUAGUCAGCCAAAAUGGAACCAUCAAGUGAAACACUAAGUGUGAGAAUCACUCGUAUUAAAAACAUCACUAUGGGGAAGACUCAAGAUCCCAAAACACGACUUCUGGGACAAGAAGGUCUUAUUGAUUCAUUGUUAGUUUUGUAUGAUGAGUGUAAUACUGACACAAUGAAGAAAGACCCUAACAUUGCUGCUUUUGUUGAAAAAUUCCGUUUUCCUGUAAGUGAGAUUCGUAGUCUGCGUGCAAAUAUAAGUGACUUUGAAGUGAAGAAGGUUAUUGGAAGAGGUCAUUUUGGAGAAGUUCACCUGGUUAGAGAAAAGCAAACAGGCGAUGCCUAUGCAAUGAAAACAUUAAGAAAGAGUGAUACCCUUGGUAAUAAACGUGCAUUCUUUGACAAUGAGAGAGAUGUCAUGGCUACAGCAGUAUCUCCAUGGAUCACUUCUCUGCAGUAUGCAUUUCAAGACAUGCACAAUCUGUACCUAGUUAUGGAAUUUCACCCUGGAGGGGAUUUGCUUGGUCUGCUUGACCGAUUUGGUGGACGCUUGUCAGAGGAGUUUUCAAGGUUUUAUUUAGCUGAAAUUACAUCUGCAAUCCGUAGUUUGCAUCAAAUGGGGUUUGUUCAUCGUGACAUCAAGCCUGAUAAUAUUUUACUUGAUAGGUGUGGUCACAUAAAGUUAGCAGACUUUGGGUCAUCUGCAAAAUUAUCGAGUUCUGGAUUGGUUCAAGCUGAAAUGCCUGUUGGUACUCCAGAAUAUUUAGCUCCAGAAGUGCUUCAAGGAAUUGAAGCAACGGAAGGGAAGAGCAAGAGCCGAUCUAAUUCCUCACGCUCUCCAAUAACUCAACCUGUUCAGGCAUAUGGUUCAGAGUGUGACUACUGGUCACUUGGUAUUGUAGCAUACGAAAUAGCAUUUGGUAAAACACCAUUCAGAAGUGAUCAACUUGCCACUACAUAUCAGCAUAUUCUUCAACACAAAAAGUAUUUUAAAUAUCCUGACCACAUAGAAGUUUCUAAUGAUUUUAAAGAUAUGGUCUCGGGCUUACUUUCAGAAGCAAAUUCCCGCCUGACAUAUGACCAUUUAAUCAAGCACUCCUUUUUUGUCGAUGUUGACUGGUUAUCUUUAAGGGACAUCGUUCCACCUCAUGUCCCAGUUGUAAAUGGAGAAGACGAUACUUCCAAUUUCUUUGAAUUUGAACGAGUUCAGCCUGGUCCCUCCAUUGAAAAUUUUAAAUCUCAUAAGGAAUUUUCUGGUAGAAAUUUACCCUUUGUUGGGUUUACUUUUGCCAAAGAUCCUUCUACCAUGGCAAAUUCAACAGUCCCUGUUGAUCCUCAUCUGGAGAGGAAACUGGAUGCCAAGAAAAAAGAAAUUCAUGGUCUUUUGUCAAAAAUCAAUGCCCUGGAGGGAACUUCAGGGAGAAAGAACAAAAGUGUUGAAGUUCUUGAAAAGCGAGCUGAAACUGCCGAGCAGCGUCUGGAGUUGGUUGAACAGGACAGAUCUCGCCUUGAAACUGAACUUGCACGAUCUCGAUCAGAACAACAGUCUUUACGACGAGCACUAGACUUGGAAAUGCAAGAAACCAAAAACAUGGAAGCAAGAGCUAUGGAGUUAAUUAAAAGUGCUAAAGAAAAGUGGGAUAGACUAUAUGCUAAGGAGCACAAGGAGAAAGACAAGAAAAUUGAACAAAUUACUGAUCAAUUGACAGCUUUGAACACAACAAACAACAAUUUGAUUUCCAAGGUACAUCGAAGAGAUAAAGAAUUAAACCAACUAAGAAUAGAGGUAUCCAAUCUCCAAGAUCUGGUGAAGGAAUACAAAGAAAAUAUGGCCAAAACUAGACAAUCUCAGAGAGAAAGUGUCUUGGAUGUUCAAAGCCGUUUAAAUGGACUAGCGACAGAAAGCCAGAACCAAUUGUCCGAACUGCAAGCCAGAUUUGAUACUGAAGCUAGAAAAUUCGAACUGUACAAAGCUCAGGUGGAUAGGAAACGCCUUGAGCUCGAGAAAGCGUUGGAAAAAUCUCGAUUGGAUUCUAAAUGUUUGAGUGAUCAACUGGCAGAAAAAUCUAAUCAAGUUAAAAAUUUGGAGCAAACUCGUGUUUCUGAACUUGAAAGGAGAAUUCAAAAGGGUUGUGCUAAAUGUGCUGUAUGGCAGGAUCGCAUUGCCACUCUUGAAUCUGAAAUGAGUACUUCUGUUAUGUCAUUUGAACAACAUGAAACUACCAUUGCUGAACGGGAGGAAGAACGUAUUCGUAUGUUGGAAAAUGCUUGCAAGGAGAAGGCUAUUCUUGAAAAACGCUUGCAAGAUCUAGUUUACAAAGAUGAAGAAAAUAAAGAACAGUUAGAAUCUUUAGAAAAAUUAAUGAAAUCACUAGAAGGUAGCAUUACUAAGCUGGAAGAGGAAAAUUCUAAACUUAGAGAACAAAAUUCAGCCCUUGUCAAGUUCAAACGACGGUCGUCCAUUGGAGCUAAUGGCUCCAUGGCAUCACCUCGAGCCUCCUCUACCACAACUGUGACUACAACUACCAUUGUUGCUGCUCAGGCUGAAGCAAGCCUAGAGCCCAUCUGUAAUGGCAGAGGGGAUGACGCUAACAAUCUUCAGUUGCAAGUUAUGGAAGUCAACCUUACCAAAUUAGAAUCUCAACUGGACAAAGCUAAAGAGGCAGCAAUUCUAGACCGCCAAGCAGCCCAAGCUGCUCGGACAGAUUUGUGGCGCAAAGAAAAAGAGCUUGCUGAUGCCAAACUGGAUCUGCGAAUCUCUGAGCGUGAAGUGAAAACAUUGCAAGAAGAGUUGAUUAAAUUGAAGAAUGAAAAAGGAAAGCUUGAAGAAGAUAUGAAGAAAGACAGGGAUUUAAAGAGAGCUGACAAAGACAAAAUUUUGCAGCUUACUCGUGAGCUUGAAAUGAUUCAGGCUGAGCUCAAACAGGAUAAAAUGUCAUCAUCAACUAUGACUGACACACUUUCUGCUUACAAAUCAGAGCUUUCUACCAAGGAGGCUAAGGUGAAACAGUUAGAAGUAGAUUUGACCGCUGCCAAUAGACAAGUAAGAUUGUUAGAGUUACAAGUCAGCAAGACUGAUGAAACUUGUCACGAGUUAAGAGAUGAGAAGAGGAGAAUUCUGCAGCAGCUUGAUGAAACUCAACGCACACUUCAGCGUCUUGAAGUGAACAGCAACGUGUUGAAGGAAACCUGCACUAUGUUAGAGGAACAGCUUGAAGACUUUGAGAGGUUGACUUCUACACAUGAAGCCAAAGAAGCACGCCUUCAAGAAGAAUGUUCCAAACUACAGGCUGACAUUGAAGUUGCUCAGAGUGAGAUCCGCCUCAGCAAACAGGCUGUGAAUGAAGAGAAGUCACUCCGUGCUCAAGCAGAGGCUCGUGUCAUGACUUUAGAAACUCAACUUGAAGAGUUGAAAUCAGCGCUUACACAAGUGCGCGAGCAGGCUUCUGAAUAUAAAACAUUAGCAGAAAGACUCACUGAGCAGGUCAAUACAACUGACGAACAAACAUCACAGCUGGAAGUUUCCUUGCAUUGUGCUCAACGCCAGGUAGCUAAUCUUCAGGCUGAAACUAUGGGCUUGAAGGAGGAAAUCGCCACACAACUUACUCGUAUUCAUACAUUGAAAGAGACUAAUUUAAGAUUGGACCAGGAACUGGAAGAAAGUGUAGAGGAAGAGAGAGCUCUUUUGGAAAGAGUUGAGAGACUUCAAAGUACUAUCGCUGAAAUGGAAGCUUGCCAUGCCCACCGUCAACUGAAGAGUGAUGCAACCCUGCAGCAGCAAGUUAAGCUUAUUGACUAUCUUCAGCAAAAGCUUGAGGAACAGGGACGUCGCAAGAAGACACUGACUGACAAACUUUUUGGAAAGAAAGACAAAGAAAACCAAAUGAACAGUGCCAACAUUAUCAAUGCUGGAGUGAAGGAGCUAGAAUCACAGCUGUACCAAGAAAGGAAGAAAGUUCAGAAACUAACUGAAGAGAUUGCACGCUCUUCUACUCGCGGUCCCAAGGCUACAACAAUAGAAAAAGAAAAAAUUCAGACAAGUUCCCCUGAAAAUGUUCUCUCUCCAACUGCUGCAAAGCACUUGGUACUUUCCCCAGGAUCACAAGCUAUUAAAAAUCAAGCAUCACUUCAGCGUAUGCAUCACAACAUUCCUCAUAGAUUUGAGGUGAAAGUUAUUAUGAAGUCUUCUAAAUGUGCAGCUUGUCAGGAUGGCUUGCCCUUUGGGCGUCAAGCUACAAUGUGUGCAGAAUGUGGAAUUGCUGCUCAUCAUCGCUGCACUGCCCUCUUACCAUCAACUUGUGGUUUGCCCUCUGGUUUUGCUCGUCACUUUUCUCAAAGAUGGAAGAAAUCCAAAGAAGGAGAAACAAAUGGAGCACACACUGACACUCCUUGCUCAUCUGCAGUCAAUAUUGAAGGAUGGAUGAAGCUACCAACACGAGGCAAUAGUUGUUGGGAAAGGCGCUAUGUCAGGCUUGCAGGCAGUGAAUUGCUCAUUUUUGCUCAUGAGCCUGUAGUUAGCUCAGCACACAUGUCUCCUAUUGAGAGAUACCCACUUUGCCCUGCUGAUGGUGUUGCUUCUGUGUGUUCUGCCUCUCAGAGUGAAAUAGUUGGUACAGCUAAAUCUGACAUUCCAUUUAUUAUCAAGGUUGAGGUAACACCUCGCACAACUUGCUGGCCUGGCUCCACUCAAUAUCUUAUGGCUCUGAGUGCCAAUGAAAAGGAGAAAUGGAUGGAAGCUCUGAAAGCAGCUGUACGUGCUGGUGAAGCUUUAAGGGGAAGCACCACUGUAGAAAGAAGCCGCCGAUAUUGUGGUCAAGUUAUGGCCAGACUUCCCCAGGACAAUAAACUAGAUGUAGCAUGUGUAAUGCAUAUGAGCCAACAGGUUGUUCUCUUGGGAGCAGAGGAGGGCCUAUUCUCUUACCACCUAGGAAAAGAAAAACCAAAGCCUGUUAAAAUAGGUGGUGUUGGUCCUGUUUAUCAGAUGACUGUCCUUGCCCAUCAUGGAAUUGUGGUUCUAAUAUCUGGAAAGAAUCGUGAUUUGCUUUACUGUGAAUAUGGACAGAUGAAAGCUUGUGCUGAAGCAGCUGAGUGUACUCAAGCUGUACUGAACACUAGACCUAUCUUCCCUAUCAAUGUCAACAACCCAGAAACUUGUUUCCAGCUUCUCGCCACUGCUAAACCAAACCAAUCAGGAACAACAUCAGAUAUUCUUUGUGCUGCAUCCACAAAACGCAUUUUUAUGUUCAAAUGGAAUACAUCAGGUUCAGCUGGAUUCCAACAGCUGAAAGUGUUAGAAACACAAGAACCUUCUAGCUGCAUACUAUUGACACCACAUUCCAUAAUUGUAGGAUGCAACAAGUUUUUUGAAAUUGAUGCUCAAGAUUUUUCAGUUGAAGAUUUCCUUGAUGUUUCUGACAAAUCGUUAUCUCAUCUCAUUGCUCUUGCCAAGAAAACUAACAGUUAUCCAUCUGCAAUUUUGGAUGUAACUAUGUCAGGAGGACGUUGUUCUCCAGAAUAUUUGGUGUGUUUCCAUGAAGUAGGUGUAUUUGUUGACCAAUAUGGACGUAGAUCUCGAGAAGAAGAUCUGAAGUGGGGCCAUGUGCCAUUCGCCUUUGCUUUCCGCAAACCAUUCCUUUUUAUUUUCCACUUUGCUUCAGUUGAAGUGAUGAGGCUUUCAGGCACUAGUUUUACUAGGAACCUAAAUGAUUCUGGUUCCACUAUAAGUGAAUGCCCUCCUUCCUCUGUGAUAGAACUGAACAAUCCUCAGUAUCUUGGAGACACUCAUUCCCCAGGAGCUGUAUAUGCAAGCAAUCUUCCAGCUAGUGGUGUUGAGGUUGUACGCAUAGAAGGCAGUCUUGCUUGUCCUGAUGAGCUCGGCUAUAGCUGCUCCAGUCUUGAAACUGCAUCCGAUAAUAGGGAUGAGCCAGGCAUAACUGAAGUUCGAGAGGUUGCUGAAUUUAGCUUCACAUCAUCUAUUGUACAAAGUCUUGAUGAAGAAUCCUAUGAUGAAACAGAAGAUGCUCGAAGUUCUAGCCACCAGGAUAGUGAUAACCAAUACUCAAGUAAUAGUGACAUAAAUUCUAGGCAUGUACAUUUCCACAGUGCAUCAUCCUCCACACUUCAUACAGCCAUGUGAUUUGGGCGGGGUUGUUUUAUGCUAAAAUUUUCAUUAUAAUUUUUUACGGGCUUUUGAGCCUUAUUGAUUUAGCAUGUGAUCUUAAUGCCAAUCUUGCCUUCAUAGCCGUUGGAGUUGUGUAUGAACUUUCUCAAUACUUCAUUUACAUGCAUGUUACAUUUUAAUCCUUUCUUCAAAUGGUUUUCUCUUUUUUAAUGUUUUUACUAAAACAUACAUUGUGGUUUCUACCUGUAAGACAAACAGUACAAGCAAAGUUCUACCUUCCCAUUUUUCUAAAGAAAAUCUUUUAAGGGUGCUUUGUUUUGAUCAAAGUAAUUUAAUUUGCUGUUAAGGAAUUCCUAAUGUCUUCAGUCACACAGUAUUUAUGUAUCAAUAUGAUUGCAAAAGAGGAUAAGGGGAGGGAGAAAAUAAAUGUCAAUAAAAUUAUAUGAAUCCUACCA